AGGAAAAUCGCGUUUCACGCGCGAUCGCGCGCGAGUGAUCGUUCCUCCGUGGCCGCGAGGCGGGAGCCUCUCCGAGAUCCUUGCCGCGCAGGGAACGUCUGCCCAAGGACGCGUCAUGGCGGAGUCAGGUAUAUACGCACGUUUGAUGACACGAUCGAUAUAGUGAGCUUUCGAGCGCAGGAGUGUCGGGAAAUUCUUAUAGCCGCAGCGCAGGUGCGGCACAACUUCGUUAGCAGGGUGGACAGAGGAACGGAGCGUGUCUGGAGCGGCUUGGCGCUUUGAACGAACGUACCACACCGAAGAAGACGUAGAACUCUGAUUACCAUCAUCUCCCCCUCCCCUCGUGUACAAGUUUAAAACCACGUCCCUCCCCUCAAGCACGCGGCUUGACGACGCACGGUUCUGUAGUGCUCCAGUUUUCCGGUUGUUUCUUUCUUUCUUAAAUUGUCCAAGUGUGAUAGCGCAUCGGGCGAAAUAAUCGAGAUCGGAGAGUAACCCCGGAUCGAGUUCCAAAUGAUAUAACCAAGUGAUUCACGGUGAUGGUGGUGUGAUAAAACGAGUGGUGCGCGCGUGUAUCCGAGAGUGCGUGAGGAUCGAUAGAUCCCGGAAGAAUUAUCCGAGGAUCGUCGUCGAGGAAGUGAUAUAUAUUCUAUGUAUAAAUACCGUACACCUAAACACGUGUGAGACAGUGUGUCCAGAAGAGAGAGAGAUAAAGAGAGAGAGAGAGAGAGAGCUACAAAAAGUGUAUAAACAAACGAAAAAGAGAAAUAAAGAGAGAGAGUUAGAGAGUCAAAGAAAGAGAUAGAAAGAGUACAAAACAGAUAAGCAAGAAGGGUAAGAGAGUGAUAAAUCCGUAGAGUCCGGAGGGUCGAAAGGUCGGGUGAAGGUUCAAAGAGACGAGUACUGGAUCAAGGACAAAAAACGGAGAGCGCUGAACAAGACCGAGGUGACACUAGCAGGUGGGACAGGUGGGACAGUAGCAUGAGUUCGUACUUCGCGAAUUCGUAUAUCCCGGACCUGCGUAAUGGCGGGGUGGAACACCCGCAUCAGCAUCAGCAGCACUACGGUGCCGCCGUCCAGGUGCCCCAGCAGACGCAGUCGGUGCAGCAGCAGUCUCAGCAAGCCGCGGAUCCGUGUGACCCGAGUCUCCUCAGGCAGGCUGUGCCCGGCCACCAUUAUGGCGCCGCCGGUAGCCAGCAGGACAUGCCUUACCCCAGGUUCCCGCCGUACAAUCGUAUGGACAUGCGGAGCGCGACCUACUACCAGCACCAACAGGAGCACGGCGGCAGCAUCGACGGGAUGGGCGGUUACAGGUCGACCUCACCUAGCCCCGGCAUGGGGCACAUGGGGCACACGCCGACCCCUAACGGGCAUCCGUCCACGCCGAUCGUCUACGCGAGCUGCAAGCUCCAAGCGGCCGCGGUCGAUCACCAGGGCAGCGUGCUCGACGGGCCGGACAGCCCGCCGCUCGUCGAGCCCCAGAUGCACCAUCAGAUGCACUCGCAGCACCCCCACAUGCAGCCCCAGCAGACCCAACACCCCCAGCAACAGCCGCAACACCAACACCUACAGCAGCAACAGGGCGCGCCCCAAGGCGCGGCCAGUGCCAACCUGCCCAGCCCCCUUUAUCCGUGGAUGAGAAGUCAAUUCGAAAGGAAACGAGGCCGGCAAACGUACACCCGAUACCAAACCCUGGAGCUGGAGAAGGAGUUCCACUUCAACAGAUACCUGACCAGGCGGCGGCGCAUCGAGAUCGCGCACGCGCUCUGCCUGACGGAGCGGCAAAUCAAAAUUUGGUUUCAAAACAGACGGAUGAAGUGGAAGAAGGAGAACAAGACGAAGGGCGAGCCGGGCUCGGGCGACGGCGACACCGAGAUCUCGCCGCAGACGUCGCCGCAGGUGUUGGGAGGAUCCGAGGUAGAAUGGGCGAAGAUCGAGGGAAAAUCGGACGGAGAAUAUUCCUGA